UUCAGGCCAGACAUUUGCCACUGCCACCCAGUUUUUACAGGGAGAAUACAAUGGCAUUCCUCAGCACUGUAUGCAGAGUAUUUUCACCUGGUAUCUCGCCUACAAGAAAACUGUGACCACUCCUCCUCUACCACCCUCAACCUCUCCAGGAAGCACGCAGCCAGGUGCCUUGCCCAUGAUUAAUCAGAAAGUAAAACUGCCGGACGGUCAGGAAAUCUUCAUCCCCCAUCAGCGAAGAGAGCGCUUUACCUUUCGAGAGAAACACCUGGAGGUGCUGGAAACCUGUUUCAAUGAGAAUGCCUAUCCCUCUCAUGAACAACGUGAGGCAAUCUCUCACAUGUGCAAUAUGGCUGUCAGCAAUAUGGGAAACCGCUCCCUACACGACAGAGAGAAGGUCACUCCACACAUGGUGCUAAACUGGUUUGCGAAUCGCAGGAAGGAAGUGAAGAAGAUAGCAAGAGAAGAGGGAAUCCCAGAAUCCGAGGUGGUCUUGCCCAGCAAAGUUAACAAACGUCCUAUCACCUUUGACAUUUCUAUGGACAAUGUGACAUUAUCCCCUCUGGAACAAAGCCAGUCAGAACAAGGUCAGAUUGACCAGAGUGACCAAAUUGAUGAACCUGAUGACAGAACUUCGCCUUCCAUCAAAAGUGAACCAGGCUGACCAUUUCAUUCCUUCAGCUUAUCAUCUGCCAAAAUGAGAAAUCUUAUAAAAUUCUCAUCGAAAAUGUGGGUUAAUAACAAGGGCAUACGCAGUCAUCUUUGCUCCCAAUUCUUACAAAAAGUUGAUGUUAAUGUGAACUAUAUUAUUUUUAUAACAAUUAGCCUACAGAACAAGUUAUAUCAACUUAUAUUAAUCUUGCUUGUUGUCCCGGAAUGAAGUGUGUGAGGGGGCUUCCUGUGAGAGGAAACCGGAGUUCCCGGAGAAACCCACGUGGUCAGGCACCCCAUACCUUUUCACUUCCAAUCAGGAAAUAGAGCCUGGCCAUCUAGGUGAAAGGCAUGUGUGUUACCACUGCUCCACCCCAAGAGUUGAGGAUUCUUGUUAUUUCUAAAAUGGAAGUGUUCAGACAAUCUUCAAGUACAUCAAUUUUCUAAAUAAAAACUCCUAGAGAAUGUAUAGUUGGGAACGUAAGUGAUAUCUAGUCUAAACAUGCAGAUCUUGUCAUUUUGACCGUGUUUCAGUUUUAAAUUCCAUUGAUAUAUGAUAACCUAAUGUGCCAAACCAGGCAGGUAUGCAUUACCCCUCUGGAGGGCAAAGUGGUGAAUUUGUUGUUUUGUCCAUUGCCGACAUUUAAUAAACUUGAUUAGAUAACAUCUUUGAAUGGAGUAUGUACGGCAAAGUCUGUUGUCAGCAUUUGUAAAAUCCCAUCAGGAUAGAGAGAAUCAGUAUUUGAAUUAUAGUCCUCCAUUUUAUAUACAUUAUACAUGUAUUUCCCUUUUCCACCUGUAAAUGAGUGAGUGUAUUCAACAGAAAAUGUAUACAUCUUAUAAAACAGCAAGUAUACAAGGGAAUUGGGAUAUAAAAUUCUUUCUUUCCUCAGGGGAUGAAAAUAUUUUACUUCAAGUAUUCAUAUCUUUUGUAAACGAAUGCAAAGGUGUAUGUAUAAUUCUGUCUUAGAGCUGUUCCAGGAAAACUUGUAGGGGGGGGGGGGGCACUUUGAAAUUCACCUAUAGAAAUGAUUUAAAAUUUUGAGGACCCCUUCAUACAACAGAAUUUUACUUCGAACUCCACCAGCCCAUAGGUGUGCUUUUAAUUUGAAAACACCCGCCACAUGGAAUUUAUUAAAGUGCCUUCCUCCGUCCUAUAUACGUUUUCUUGGAACAGCCUUAGCCGGUAGGUUACUAUUUCAGUGUUUUUGUAAUUAAUCUGUGAAUAUGUUGUCAAAUUAAAUAGUACAGUAAAUGCAUGCCAGUUGAUAAUAGAAUUUGUUUAGAUCCUUUACAUUGUUCUAAUUGGAUGUUUUUAUAUGAAUCACAAUAAAUUUCUAAGAUAUUGA